AAAGCUCUCUUCUUGUCUUUUACAGUACUCUGGAUUCCAGCAGUCUGCCGACAAAUGCAGUGUGUGUGGACAUUUAAUCAUGGACAUGAUCCUGCAGGCGCUGGGAAAGUCUUACCACCCAGGCUGCUUCCGCUGCGCCAUCUGUAAUGAGAGUCUGGACGGAGUGCCUUUCACUGUGGACACCGAGAACAAGAUCUACUGCGUGAAGGACUACCACAGGGUUCUCGCUCCUAAAUGUGCAGCCUGUAAUCAGCCCAUCCUUCCCUCUGAGGGAUCGGAUGAAACCAUUCGCGUGGUCUCCAUGGACAGGGACUAUCAUGUGGAGUGUUACCACUGUGAGGACUGUCAAAUGGAGCUGAAUGAUGAAGAAGGUCACCGCUGUUAUCCUCUGGACGGACACUUGCUCUGCCACGCGUGUCACCUAAAACACAUCGACCCUCAGUCCACCGCAAACAACUUCCACACUCACUUUUAGACAUCUGCACUGCAGAAAUAGGCUUUUCUUAUGCAGAUCUGUUGUCUUGCCCAAAUAUCUCAAAAUCCAG